AUGUCAAGAUCGUUUUUGAUGGAUUCCAUAAUCAACAACCCCCACUGCGGACAGUCCUCGCCGCCGCUGUCAUCUCCCGCAAGUCUUCCCUCGUCUCCAGGGUCUCCGUUCCCGUAUCCAGCAUUCGGUGGGUAUCUGUUUUCCUUCGGGCUGCAACCUCCAGGAUUCCCCAAGCCCGCAGCUCCGGCGCUGUCCAUGCUCUACCCACCGUACCCUCUGUACGGACUAGAGAGUCACGACUCCAAGCUUGUACGCCCUGUACCUCUGCCCUCUCACAGGAAGCUGCCCUUGACACCCCAGCAUAGAGUUAGGCCUCCGCCCAAGUCCCACAGUCGACCAUCAGAUAUCGUCAUCAAACCACAGACUUCGCCGACACAUACUAUACCAGACAUGAUAUCCCUGGGAUCUCCGCUGUUGGGUCACACAAGCCCCCCGCUGGAGCGUGACCGGGAAGACCGGGAGCGGGACCGUGACCGAGACCGUUCCAGCCCCGAGAGCGACCUGGCCAGCUCCAAGCGGAUCCGUACAGCGUUCACCAGCACACAACUCCUGGAGCUGGAGCGGGAAUUCGCAUCCAACAUGUACCUGUCACGUCUACGUCGUAUUGAGAUCGCCACCUAUCUCCGUCUGUCGGAAAAGCAGGUCAAGAUCUGGUUCCAGAACAGGAGGGUCAAGUACAAGAAGGAAGAGGGUGGCGGUGGAGACUUAGGGAGAUGCUGUUGCCUGAGGUCCUGCUCCUCGGCCAAAAGGACCAAGGACGGCUCGGAGUCUGGAGACUCUCAUGAGACCUGCCAGCAAAGGCAGAUUGAUCCCAUCAACAACCACCAGCCGCUACACUCGUGACCCGUAUGUUAGUGUGGAAACAAGACUGAAAAUCAAGUAAUCCAGUAACAAACAUAUUUGUACUUUAUCAUAGGGUACACUUCUCUCUAAUUUUUUAA